CUAACACAUACGAAGUUGCCAGCGCUCGCGCGUGUGUAUGUGUUAACAGGUAAUGUUGAGGACAGGUUGGCAUACCUAUACCUCUCUGCUGGCAGGGUUGUGUUUCGUCUUCUACGUUGCGGCGCACCUGUAUGCCGAGUGUGUGAUGUGUGUCUAGACACCGUUAGUCGUAAGUCGGAAGGCGAAUGGAAAAGAAUCGCAUUUGCCACUCAGUCGUUGGCUAUCGUUAGUAGAGUUCACUGGUCAAGCUUGCAUCCAGUGGUGGUGACUUCAACGAGUGGGCAGGUUGCUAACCAUUAAAUUGGGGUGACACACAGACAAGAAAUGGCCACCCUGCAGUACCACCAGCAACAGCAACAUCAACGAUUCUACAACACUCUUGGAGGACAGUCUUCUUCAGGGAACAGGCCAUCAACAAUGCAGCGCAGGAAGAACCAGGGACAGGAAGAUGGCCCAACCCCCAUUUGCCGUUGUAGAGUGCUUUACCUGGGCUCAGCUGUUCCUCAAGUCACAAAAGAUGGCCUCCAAGGCAUUCAAGAGCCCUUAAGGGAACUUUAUCCUGAGGGUGGAGCUAUGGGCGCAAAAGGAAUUGACUCUUGGCUGUCGGUAUGGAGCAACGGGUUGUUGCUGGAGAAUGUGGACGAAAACCAUCAGCGCGUGACGCGGUUCUUUCCCAUCGACUCCCUGCAUUAUUGUGCAGCCGUCCGCUACGUUUUAGUCCCGUCUACCUCUCCGUCAGCAGCCGGUGGGGGAACUGGUGGUGGUGGUGGUGGCAGUGCAGCGGGAUCGGAAUUGGGCGUCGGAAGAAUGGCUCGUUUCCUGCCGCUCGACUCUCCAUUCGCCAGGCACCCCAACAUUCAUCAUCCACCCUUGUUUGCUUGCAUAAUGCGACGUACGACGGGCAUCAAGGUGCUGGAAUGUCACGUCUUUAUUUGCAAACGAGAAACGGCCGCCAACGCGCUGGUCCGAUGUUGUUUUCACGCCUACGCCGACUCGACUUACGCCCACCACCUGGAAGAGGAAGAACAACAGGGACAACAACAAGGCAAAAAUGCGUCUAAAGGCACAAGACCGGGUACUGGACGGCCCAGCAAUGGUUCGGCGGUCGUCGUCAGCGCAGAAUCUGACACGACCCUCAACUCUAUUGAAAAGGUCGAAACAUGGAAACUCUACCAACAACAACAGCAACAACAGUUAUCUAACGGCCAGUCGCCUAAAGUGGCGCCAGAAGAGACGGCCAGAGAGGGCAGCACCAGUAGCCACGGAAUGGGCAGCGCAUCCGUUUCGAUGUUGAUUCUCGAUCACGGCUCGGCUGAAGAAGACAAUGCCUCUUCUAUCGUUACCGGAGAUCAAAACCAUAAGAUUUGGUUGCCAUCGACCGGCAACUCGGCUGGAGUUCCCCGCCGACUGGCCGCUUCCGGUCCAGUUGCGCCUGUGGCAGAUAUGUACGGCGGUGGCAACCAAGCGACUAAUACGAUGAGAAGCGUCCGCUCUUCCACGUCUUCCAUGAUGCCCAAUACGCUACAGACGAGGUCAUCCCGUCCCCGACAGAUUUUAGCUCCUUUUGCCGCUCCACCACCACCGCCUCCCCUGGUGCAGCCGACCGGUUUGGACGAGCCGGACAGCAAGUUGUUGGCUAAGAAAAUGCGAAAGAAACGGAUUGGAGGGCGUUUAGGUGGAAGCGAUGUUGACGACAUGUCCUCCGUAGCAACUGGCCCCAUCAAUGGCGGUCGACGAAGUUCACACAGCGUUUUCAACUUCCCAAUUCAUCGUGGGGGAGGAGGAGGAGGAGGAGGUCACCCUGGUAUGCCGCCACCUCCGGGCUAUCCCAUGAGUUACCCGUUUUUUCCUGGCCAACGCCAACCGCCGCCACCACCGCCACACGGAGCUUAUCUCGUUCCCAUGCCUAUCCCAUUGCCCGCGCACAUUUCCACCAACGGGAAAAAGUCAAAAGGUUUAAAAUUCGGCACUUUUAGCGCCCGUGGCGUCGGCAAGAAAAUGAAAACGAAAAAUCUGCAACAUCCGCCCGGAAGCAUGAUGUUUCUUCCACCCCAUCAUCUUGGCCAAACUCCCGGACCGCCCGUUAUGGCUCCGCCACCCAUGGCGUUGGGUUUGCCUGUGCCAAUGAUGGCUCCACCGCUGUCGAUGCGACGGGGCUCGAUGAUGACGACAUCGGCCGAAGAACCCAUUUACAUGCCGAGUCAGGUCCGUCCUCUCAGUCCCAUCGCGUCCUACGCUCCAGCUCAUUUCCCGCACGAAGCUUAUCUAAUGCAGCAGCACUACACGACGUUGGUUCCGCAACCGAAAGGCUCUCAGCAGACGACGCUCACGAAACUGAAGAAAAAGGACAAGAUGAAGAAGAAGAUGCAACAACAGCAGCAAAUGCAGCCACUUCAUCCAUUGCAAAUGGAUCCAGCCCAGUUGAGCGCCAUGGACGGAAUGAGUUUGCAUGGCGAAGAAGUGUCUUUGAAUAGCCAGUCGGGCGGUGGAGGCAUUUACCGCAAAGGGCAUUUGAACGAAAGAGCCUUUUCAUAUUCAAUCCGACAGGAGCAUCGAUCACGUUCUUAUAGCUCUCUGGCUGGCCUGGGAGUUGGAGGAGGAAGUUCGGGUGGCGGUGCGGCUACCUAUCCGUCUGGACCCGAAGAUUUGCGUGCCCAUGACAAGAAGGAGCGCGAGUUGAUUCAAAUGGUUCACGAUCUAGAUCUGUCGGGCGAUGACCUGGAGCGGUCCGAAGUGCCGCUGGCCAUGUAUCCACAUCACCAUCGGCAGCAGCCUCGUUAAAACAUCGUUUUUUCUCUUCCAUUUCGCAUGGGAAUGAAAACGACGCGAAUGACAUUUGACCAGUCGACCCGCCCGUCUUUUCUUCAAUUUUCAUUGCUGACAACGGAUCAAAAACCGAAAAUAUAAAAU